UCCGAUGGGCGUUCAGCGCUCCGUGAUGUCGAGGCGCGCGAGAAGGCUCAGCAGCAACGUACGGGGACGCGCGGCCCAAUCAACCGCACGUUCCAGCACUGGGAACCUCCCCGCGCAACACUCGACCCCAAGGCGGGCAAGCGUUGGACGUUCAGAUGCAAAUUCUGUGCUAGUGAACGCAGCUUCGAGCGGUCGGUCGACAGCAAAGAUUGGGCCGACGAGAAGAAACGGCCUGCACUCGGAAACCUCUCGAUACACACGAAACAGAAGCACCAGGACGAGGCGGCUGCUGCUGCUGCUGCUGCCGCCGCCGCCGCCGCCGCCGCCGAUGGCACUGUGCCAGACAAUACCGAGAGCCACCACGCGAAGCUCAUGGAGAAGUACCUAGAAGAUGGCAAGCUCAAUCCGACACUUGAGCCGACGCAGCGCGGUUUCCUACAGGUCUUCGCGGCAUGGAUCAUUGAAGAUGACCUCCCCUGGACGACCGGCGAGUCUCCCGGCCUUGCGCGGAUGUUUCGCUACAUGCAAUCAAAGUUCAUGCUCCCCUCGGACACGACGAUAAGUCUCAUCUCUUUGACGAUGGACAACGCCGCAACAAAUGACGUCCUGGCAAGGACGUUAGCUGGGCUACUCAUGGAGAAGUAUGGCAUUCAUUUCUCACCGGAGAACGGCCAGAUUCGAUGCCUAGCACAUGUCGUCAAUCUGGUCGUACAGAAGAUCCUCGCGUCGCUGAUCGAUGAGGAUGAUCCUGAUGUCAACGACUGGUAUCUAUUACACAAGUUCUUACCGUUUCACUAUGACAUCGACAGCGAUGAUGAG